CCGCCACCUACCAUUGUGACAGCGUCAGCGGUUGCUGUGCCACGGAGCCUGGUGAUGCAACAAUGCUGCCCCUCAGCCAGGACUCUUACUGCAGAGAUCAGUUCCUGCGGAAGAGGGGAACUGAGGCUGAAGGAGGGCUCGCCUCCCGGGAGAGGAUCCCCUAGGAUGAUUAUUUCCACGUGGGGCGUGUACAUCUUGAUCUGUAAAUCGAUUGGCCGUCGGUUCCCACCCAGCAAGACUCCGGAAAUUAAAGUCGUGGAGACAGAGAUGCUGUCCGUGCUAGAGCACUGGCUGAGGAAGAUUGAAGAAGAAGCUUCCAAGUUCUUUAAGCAGAAACUGGAAAACAAGGCAGAAACCAAAGCGACCCCUUCUGCUGGCCAAGGUUCAGGAAUGACAAAGUCACAGUCUGUUCAAGUCUCUAGCACGAAACUGCCAGUGUCAUCAUCGAGCCGCGGUCUUCUGGAGGAGAGGACAAAGAUCCAGUUCAUAAGAUGGAGUCAGACCCGGGUCUAUCGAGUAUCGAGUGACAUGAGGAACGAAGCCAUGCGGGAGAGGCUGGAACAAGUGCGAAACAGUGUGUCCCAGGUCAUGCUUCAAGCAAUGCAGAACAACAGGUCGAACACUGAGAUCCGAGCCACGCUUUCAAGCUAA